AAUUUUAUGGAUGAAGACAAACAUGUAAAUUUUUUGUUACAGAAUAUGCUGCUAUUUGCUACCUUAUCUUGUCUUAUCAAACAUGUAGUAUUAUUAAUUGCCUAGCUUGAGACACGCAAUCGUGAUCGUAAACCAUUCAUUUAUUUCCUUAUAAAUUCGAUUGUCUUUUCUUUCAAUCCCAUCAGACCGUAGGCGCGACGAAUAGAUCGCAUGUAUAAGAAAAGCAUCCAUCCAUUAGCUGGAACUUUUUCUGUUUCUUAAGUUUUGGUAAAAUGACUUCGGCGAAAAUAUUUUUUAUAUUUUCUUUCUUGACCUGUACUGUACUGUCUACUCCAAUACCGACAUACACAAUCGACUACUUCCUGGUAAGAAAGGCACUGCAAUAUGCUCUUCAAGAUGUUAUCUCCUACAAAGAAGCAACCACAUCAAGACUAGAUCCACUUCCUAAUCCACCGACAGAUGCUGAGAACAAUAUCCUUUUUGUUUUAGACGAGAUGCGAGUGGUAGCCUUUUACGCCUAUAAUAAGCUAAUAUUUUUAUCCAAUUCACAACUGCUGACUCUUGUUUAUGCCACACAAACAUUCGGAUGGUACGAAAGAGCAUUCUUUCAUUUUGUUGGUCGGAUCGAACUACUAAUUCCAUUGAUUCCUGAUGAUACAGUCAAAGUGGAAGUUCAGUCGCUGUUGGAUCAAAUAGUUUCUCAAACUAAUCUACACCAUUACAAUAUACAACUACUGUUGACGACUCUUUAAAUUGAUUCAAAUUGCAAACUAAUGAUUUAUGACGAUGUGAGUGUUGCAUAUAUAUUUAAAGACUUGUUGUAAUAUCAGUUUGAAUGGAAUCGCUACCAAAAUCCAAAUAUUUG